GAAGCAGGGAUAUCAAAAAUAAACCCCCGUCAUGUCCGAGGGAAGAGCAAGACGUAUAAAUACCCCUGAUGUGUCCAGACUGCAGUGCUGUUCAGAGGAACACAGAAAGAUUUCCGCAGACAGUUCAUGGACAGAGCGCUGACUGGGAGUGCAGGGGAUUUAAGGAUAAUAGUCUCUGGACUGGACUGGGGAGGACGCACAACUUCCUAAACAUCAAGCUGCAUUUUCCUCAUGGCAGCUCUCUGCGUUUUGUGUCAGAAGAUGCGCGUCACGCCGCGUUUCGUCUCUUUGCUCCUCUGCCUAGUUAACGCAGCACUUGCCUCCCAGUUUGAGUGGGAGGAUGUUGUACCUGUUCGGAUUAACGGCAGAGUCGGCGGCCGCUUCUGGAAGAGAAGCGAAGAGAACCCCAUUUUCACCCUGAACGCGUUCGGCAGGAACCUGACUCUGAACCUCAUCCCAGACUCCAGCUUUCUGUCGCCGGCCUUCCACAUCCAGGGCGUCAGCGCCGGAUACACGGCCACUUUACGCAGCGCUUCAGGUGUCCAGCCCGAGCUGCGCUCUGACCACAAUGGCUCCAAGAACCGGACACAGGAGAGCGAAGGACGCCUGCGGAGAUGCUUCUUCUCCGGAAACGUCGGUCAGGACGAGAACUCGCUUGUAGCGGUCAGCCUGUGCUCGGGCAUCUUCGGCUCCUUCAUCACAGAAGGGAAGGAGUAUCUGAUCGAGCCCAAACUCCGCAGCGGCCAGCGGCCGGACUCUGCAGAGCAGCUUCAUGUGAUCAGGAGGAGGAUACUCGCCGAGAACCGCGGAGUUCCCCUCCUGCUUAAUGGCGCUGAGGAGACGCUCGGAGCUGAAAGUUUUAUGCGCGGCGGCAGUGAUUCACGGAGGGAAGCUCGCCGGAGACGCUUCGUUUCAGAGCCACGCUUCAUAGAAACCCUGGUCGUAGCAGACUCGACUAUGACCCACUUCUAUGGAGAUGAAAUAAAGCACUAUGUCCUCACCCUCAUGUCCAUGGUGGCCCAACUGUACAAGCACCCCAGCAUCAAGAACUCAGUGAACAUAGUGGUGGUGAAGAUGUUGGUGGUGGAGGACGAGGAGGCUGGACCGGAGUUGUCCAGCAACGGAGGCGUAGCUCUGCGCAACUUCUGCUCCUGGCAGCAGCUUUUCAACCCACCAAGCCAGAGGCAUCCUGAGCACUACGACACGGCAAUGCUGUUCACCAGAGAGGACAUCUGUGGACAGAAGAGCUGUGACACGCUGGGUGUGGCAGAUGUUGGGACGAUGUGCGAUCCCAAGAGAAGCUGCUCAGUCAUCGAGGACAAUGGCCUGCAGGCCGCCUUCACGGCUGCGCAUGAGCUCGGCCAUGUGCUGAGCAUGCCCCACGAUGACUCCAAGACUUGCGAAAAGCUGUUCGGAGAUCUGGGAGGGCAUUACCUGAUGGCCCCUCUGUUUGUUAGUCUCAACAAAUCUGCGCCGUGGUCUCCCUGCAGCUCUCUUUACAUCACUGAGUUCUUCGACAACGGCCAUGGAGACUGCCUCCUGGAUGUCCCGGAGAGCACCAUUCCCCUGCCACCAGAGCUGCCAGGUACCGUCUACAACCUGGACCAACAGUGUCAGCAGAUUUUUGGGGAGGAGUUUGUCCACUGCCCCAACACAUCAGACAGCGACAUUUGCAGCCAGCUUUGGUGCCGAGAGGAUGGUACAGGGCAGUGUUCCACCAAGAACGGCAGCCUGACCUGGGCCGAUGGCACUCCUUGCAGGUCCAAUGGGACCUGUUUACAUGGAGCAUGCAAGAUGACAGAGGAAGUGAUGCAACCACUGAGGGCUGUGGAUGGCAGCUGGAGCUUAUGGGGACCAUGGCAGCAGUGCUCCAGGACCUGUGGAGGUGGGGUGGAGUUCUCCUACAGGGAGUGCACUGAUCCUGUGCCUCAGAAUGGCGGGAAGUACUGUGAGGGACAGAGAGUUCGAUACCAGUCCUGCAACACAGAGUCUUGUGACACCAGUGAAGGUAAAAGUUUCAGAGAAGAGCAGUGUGAGAAAUACAACAGCCCUAACUACCUGGACUACAAUGGAAAUGUCAAACAAUGGAUCCCAAAGUAUGCAGGAGUUUCCCCCAGAGACCGCUGUAAGCUGUUCUGCAGGGCCAGGGGCAGCAGUGAGUUUAAAGUAUUUGAGUCAAAGCAGGUGAUUGACGGGACAACCUGUGGCCCUGACACCACAUCAGUAUGCGUUCAAGGCCAGUGUGUGAAAGCAGGCUGCGACCAGGUGAUAGGAUCUAACAAGAGGGUGGAUAAGUGUGGAGAGUGUGGAGGAACUGGGCUCAGCUGCAGAAAGAUAACAGGCUCCUACAACAAAGGAAUCUAUGGCUACAGCGACAUUGUCACCAUUCCCAUUGGUGCCACCAACAUUGACAUCAAGCAGAGGAGCCAUAGAGGAAUCAAGCAUGAUGGGAACUACCUGGCUGUGAAGCGAGAAAACGGAGCUUACAUCCUCAAUGGUAACUUUUCCGUAUCCACAGUGGAGCAGGAUAUUCCCAUACUGGGAGCUGUGCUGAAGUACAGCGGAUCCUCCACCACAUUAGAGAGGAUCCAGAGCUUCAGGCAGCUGAAGGAAGCCAUAACCAUCCAGGUCCUGGCCACAGGAGGGGAUGCCAAUCCCCCCAAGAUUAAAUAUACCUUUUUCAUCCCUAAGGACAUAGCAUUUAACAAAUCUAAAGAGAAAAAGGGCUUGUACUUGUCUCUGCAUAUCAUCAGCGAUGUCUCUGACUGGGUGCUGGGAGAGUGGUCUGAGUGCUCCAAGAGCUGUGGCUCUGGGUGGUCAAGGAGGAGCAUCGAAUGCAGAGACGGUGACGGCUUCUUCUCCAGCCAAUGCGACAGGGAGCUGAAGCCCACAGACAUCCGGCCUUGCGGAGAUGCACCGUGUCCCAUCUGGCAGAUGGGUCCUUGGUCUGCCUGCUCACGAACUUGCGGUCAGGGCGAGCGCCGCCGCAGCGUGUUCUGCAUAGACUACAUGGGGAAGACUGUUGAACCAGAGAUGUGUGAUCCAAAUAAAAUCCCAGAGCCAGCCUCUGGACAAUGUAACAACCAUGACUGCUCAUGAAAAACAUGAUUACAAUGAACAGUCUUUAUUUUUAUUUUAUUGGUCAGAGUGCACAUACAAAUCAUGGAUGGGAGCAAAAGUAGUAGACAUUUUGGAAUAAACAGCUAUAGAUAUUGAUGAUUACCAAGAAAUGCAAGAAGACCUGGACUCUACAUUUUAGAGAAAAGUCUUCAACUUUCGAUUAAAAAGAAAUGAUAAACAACUAAAAUGUAAAACCGCCUUGGUUUUAUUCCUAAGAAUUAUUUCUAAGAUAUGAGCAUUAUCGAAAGGGGUUGGAUGAACUUAUGUUGAUAUUCCUGGUCCCACUAUAAUUUGUCUUUUGUUAACAUUUGACAUCCACUAUUAAGAUUCGGAACAGUGACAAUCUACCUCAGGAUGCACAUGUGAUGCUAUGUGUAAAUGCUAGUUUUUGAUGUAGUGUGUGCUUUCUGUAGAAUGAAAUUUAAAAGCAAAGAAUUAACUUAAGGAAUAAAUUUGGCAUAAUUUGCCAUUUGUUUUCUAGAUUUAGGUGCCACUGUGAGUCCAAAACAUUAGCAAGAGCCAACACACAGUCUGUAUAUCCUGGAGAAUUUCGAUUGGACAAUUAAGACAUGAGGCUAUUUAAGCCUUGGGGAAAAGUGGUAAUCUUGAUUAAUAUCAGAU